GGAGUUCCCCCCCGACGGUACCUUUAGAAGAAUUUUCAGGUGUCGCGUAAAAGAACGUCCCUAAGAGCGUUUCCUGUUAUUUCGUCCUUAUUUCUUAACCUCGCUGUAAGCGAACACAAACGCCGAGACACGAAUUGAACCAAAAAAAUAAUAAUAAUAAAAUUUAAAAAAAUACAGUGCGGAUAGCGAGGGCCGAGACGCCGUUUGCUUAUUUCCUAACAGUCUUAAAAUACGUGAUUUCUGCCUUCCAACCCAAGGGAUGCUUUCCCUGCGCCUGUGAGCUAAAACCCGGCUUCCAAAUAAUUGCUGAGAGCUUCUUCUCUUGGAGAACGUUCCCAAAAUCCUUCUGGUGCCUGAAUUACUGGCCGAGUCCUGGAGAUCGCGAGCCGGAGCGGUGGCACCGUUCCCCGGACGCGGUUUAGCCGAACGAAACCCUGAGCAGGACAGAGAUUUCCCCCCGACAGCCGCCGCCGAACGGCUCCGAGCCUCUCCUUUACUAUCGGUUUUAUUGUUCGAGCGGAUUUCAUUGUGAAAUCGUGUAUUUCUCGGGCUCUGUCCUCCUUACCGGGUGGAAAGAAGAGCGCGUUCCUCGGAGAAAAUCACUGCGGGUUGAACGGUGCGUUAUUUCCCACCCCCGUCCCGAGCAGCCCGCAUAGAUGCUGCUUUUAAAUAACAAAAGGGGAGGAGAAAACAUUCUCUAGUAAAGCCGAAUUCCUUCGUUAGACCGCCUCCUAAACGUGCUAAUAAAACUAAUUCGUUUUAUUUGCCCUGAACUUUUAUAUCUUGCCCCGUGCGCUGAUUAGCGCAGCCCUCUGGAAGGCGGUGGUGUUCUCCUAUCUCUCGUUCAGAUGUGCCCGUUAAGAUACGGCCGUUCCCACAGUGAAACUGGGAAGAAAAUUGUCCCCGUUCCUCAUCGAGGGGCAGCGCAGAGCCUUUGUGGGAGGAAAAAUAAGAAAAGGGGGAAAAAAAGAAUGGGAGGGAAAGAAAAGAAAAUAGAAGAGAGGGUGCUGAAUGCACACAAAGGUGAAUUGUUUCUCCGAUUUUGCUUUUUAAGGCAGGAAACGUGUGGCUCUGCAGAGAUUCACGGCUGUUCUGAGAACAUUAAAGCGCGUUCAGCCCUUCAGGAAAUGUUCUGUUUAGGGGAAAUGCGUUCCCCCCAUCCAAAUGCUGCAGCAAUUAAGAGGUUGCUCGCCCGAAACAAGGCAGCCCGGCGCCCCCGCCAUGGAUUCCUUUAAAGGUGGAAUGAAUUUGGAGAGACUGCCCGAGAGCUUGAGACCCCAACCCUCCCAUGACAUGGCUUCCAGCUUCCAUUUGCAAAGAUCCUCGGAGCCCAGAGACCCGAUCGAGAACUCGGCCAGUGAAUCCUCCGACACGGAGGUGCCAGAAAAAGAGAGAAGCGGAGAGCAGAAAAACGAGGACGGGGCCGCCGACGACCCGGCGAAGAAGAAGAAGCAGCGGAGGCAGCGGACCCACUUCACCAGCCAACAGCUGCAGGAGCUGGAGGCCACUUUCCAGCGGAACCGCUACCCCGAUAUGAGCAUGCGGGAGGAGAUCGCCGUGUGGACGAACCUCACCGAACCCCGCGUCCGGGUGUGGUUCAAGAACCGCCGAGCCAAGUGGAGAAAGCGGGAGCGGAACCAGCAGAUGGACCUGUGCAAGAACGGCUACGUGCCGCAGUUCAGCGGGCUGAUGCAGCCCUACGACGACAUGUACGCCGGGUACCCCUACAACAACUGGGCCACCAAAAGCCUCACCCCGGCGCCGCUCUCCACCAAGAGCUUCACCUUUUUCAACUCCAUGAGCCCCCUCUCCUCGCAGUCCAUGUUCUCGGCUCCCAGCAGCAUCUCCUCCAUGAACAUGCCCUCCGGGAUGGGCCACUCGGCCGUGCCGGGAAUGGCCAACUCCGGCCUCAACAACAUCAACAACAUCAGCGGCUCCUCGCUCAACUCGGCCAUGUCCUCGCCCGCUUGUCCCUAUGGGCCGCCGGGCUCGCCCUACAGCGUGUACCGGGACACUUGUAACUCCAGCCUGGCCAGCCUCAGACUGAAAUCAAAGCAGCACUCCAGUUUCGGCUACAGCAGUUUGCAGAGCCCCGGCUCCAGCCUAAACGCCUGUCAGUACAACAGUUGACGGACUUGACACGAACCGCCUCCGACAAACACCGCCGACAAAGGAAAAAUUACUAAGAAAAAAAAAAAUAAAAAAUAAAGCAGAAACAAAGCGACGUUUAACGGAAAUGAAUAUAUAUAUGUGUGUGUGUGUGUAUGUAGAAACCCGAUGAUGUGUAAAAGCAAAACCCGAGCAAGUGAGAGAGGGAAAGAAACAGCACAGACAAACAAACAAAAGCAAAAUAAUGGUGACAAUAAGGAUAAUAAUAAAACAAAACCCGAAAGCUCUGCGGACUUCGAUUGUCUAAAAACAAUAAGAAUAAUGCUGAAUACAAAUAAAUAAAUAAAAAGAGAUCCGACGACACAACCAACAAAGCAGCGCUUUAAAAAAAAAAAAAAAUACAAACCGAUAGUAACCAUUAAAAAGCAAACCAUUAAAAAAUUAAAAAAUAAUAAUAAUGAUUAAAAAAAAAAAAACCGAAAAACGGAAACGGAUCAGAAAACUUUUGCAAGAGACACCGAAAUCUGGUACAUGGAUGAGUUGCAAUUUUUCUCUGGAUGAUGCGGGUUGUAUGUGUUUACUUGAACUUGCACAGGAGGUGGUAAGGCGGCCGCUCCCUGCGGCCAUUGGGGGCG